CCCCGUUUCUUCACGGUGUCUUUUUUUUAUUACACAAAUUAAAAUACUGUAAAUAUUGUUGUGUAAUUUUCGGAAGCAUCAAUAGAGGUAGAUUAGAGGAGAACAUGAAAAUGUGUAGUGUACAUAAAAAGAAAAGAAACCUUAGAGAUAAGCUCUCUUAAAGGAAGUCGCGUCAUCCUGAAUGUGAUGUUGUAAUUUAAAUGCUGUUUAGGGGGAAAACAAAACAAUAAAUUCACUGUAAAUUCAUGUUUAAAUUUAAAUGGCAAUUCCGUAAUAGAUCCGUAAACGAAGGCCGAUUUUUCAGACUGUGGACAACAAGUGGUAGAUUACCAAACAACAUAAGCACAAAAAUGGAUGACGGCAAACAACCCUUGUUUACUUUUGGAGUGAUUGCAGAUAUCCAAUAUGCUGAUAUUGGAGAUGGCUUCAACUUUCUUCACACUAGGAAACGGUAUUACAGAAACAGCCUCACCUUACUGCGUAGAGCCAGUCAAAAGUGGAGGUCAGAAGCUGUCCAGCCUAGCUUUAUUCUCCAACUUGGGGACAUCAUUGAUGGGUUCAACAAACAGCAUGAUGCAUCAGAAAAGGCUCUUCAGACGGUCAUAAAUGAGCUUCAGCAAUGCAAUAUUGAAAUUCAUCACAUAUGGGGCAACCAUGAGUUUUAUAACUUCAGCAGAGAUGAUCUAAUGAACUCUGUGUUGAACAGCAAAACCUUGGAAGAUGCAUCUAAUAAACAAAUUGUGGAAAACAGUACGGAGCCAAGCUAUUCAUAUCACUUCAGCCCUGCUCCGAAUUUCCGAUUUGUGCUGCUUGAUGCCUAUGAUCUAAGUCUUCUGGGAAGAAAAGAACCAAGUCAAAAGUAUGGCCAGUCACUUCAGAUAAUACAAGAACACAACAAAAAUGAAAAUCUCAACCAUCCACCAGGGUAUGCAGGAAUGGAGGCACGGUUUGUUCAGUUCAAUGGAGGAUUUAGUAAAGCCCAGCUUGAAUGGCUUGAUAAAGUUCUCACCUUCUCAGACAACAACAUGGAAAAAGUUACAGUCAUUAGUCAUCUACCGAUACAUCCAGGGGCUACCGACCCCAUCUGUCUGGCAUGGAACUAUGAGGAAGUUCUUUCCAUCUUGCAUUCUCACAAAAGUGUCGUGUGCUUCAUGGCUGGGCAUGACCAUGAUGGUGGCUACUUCCUAGAUGAAUCUGGAGUGCACCAUCUUACUUUUGAAGGGGUGAUUGAAACACCACCAGACAGUGAUGCGUUCGGCACAGUGUACGUAUAUGAAGACAGAAUGAUUUUAAAGGGGAAUGGGAGGGUUUUAAAGAGAGUUCUUAUGUACCCAUGACUGCAGUUCACUCAUAAAGCAUCAUGUUUCUAUCUUCUGCUGUUAAGUCAUAAUUCAGAUGCUAUUAUUCUGAAAAAGAAGAUUCAUUUGCAAUGAAAAAGGAACAGUUGACUAAUGAGCAUAAUGAAGAGCAAAGACAAUGUAGGACUGAAACAAGGACUCCUAGAUCUGCAGUACAGUACAACACGAUCUCAAGCAACUAAUUGUCUCUGCCUGCAGGGUACAAUUCACUUUGUGAAUGGAUUAAGUUUCAGGAAAAUGAAAAAUGCUGUAUACAAAAAUAAUAGAUUAAACUGCUAUGUUGUCAACUAGUUAUACAUAUUCCUACAUGGGACUAAUCAGAUCUAGUCCUCUUUCAUCGUUGUUAUAAUGGGAAGGUUAUCAACCACAAUCUGUCAACCGAAUUUUUUAGUGUAGUUUAGGAAAGCCUCUACCGUGCUUCUUAGCGGCCUCUUGUGGUGAAUAAAGGUUUCUAUUGAAUCAAAAAUAAACACAAUUGCUAAUGCCCUGCAGACUAUCACAGAGUUUACAUUAUUAUUUCAUUAGGAUGCAGAUGUUUUAUAUUUUCUAUUUAUAGUGAAGAUAGAAAAAGAGUUUUAUUUAAUUUAUUUUACUUUAAUUUUCCUCUAAAUACUGUGGAAUUGUGUUCAUGUUCCUGUAAAGUGGUUAAGUGGAAAAUAAAGUUUUAAAGUGAAUAAUAUGAGAACAUAUAAUCUGUUUCCUUAACUUUUUUAUUACAGACAAAACAGAUUUUAGCAAAUGAUUGUUACUGACAAUACAUCAGAAUGUCUAACAUAAAAAUCUCCCCCAUUCUAUGGGGCUGAUUGCUAGGCUGGAAACUACAUGGUUGGUUUGGCUAUCAGUGUGCUUUUUAUGAAUUAUUUAUUUAUUAAAUAAUGCAAUAUUUUAUGAAUACUGCAACAUCCUCUAUGUUGGUUUACAUGUUAUUUUGGAACAUGAAGAAAUCAUAAAAAGCUUUUAACUUCACAAAACAAAACUGCUAUUAUUGUUGUUGUUCAAAUUUGUAUAAUCACUUUAAAUUUGUUCAGAAACACUUUUAAUGUUUGCUUGAUUAAAAAAAGAAUAAGUGUCUGUUCAUGGUUAACCUAAACUUAUGUAAUGCCACCUUUCUGCUCGUGGUAUUUACUUAUUUCUGAUUUUAAACUGGUAGGCUUAGAUCAGGGGUCUGAAACUGAUCCUGAAGAAACCCAGCUGAGUUGGAAAUAUACGUAGCCUGUAAAUAGUACAUUUCUAAAUGCAGUCACUUGUACAUUUAAGAAUGAGCAUAUAGUCUUAUUUUCAUUUUGAUAUGUCUUUGUCUGAAAAAUUAGUUCUUGUUAAUUUUGAUAUGAUUCCCAGCAGUUUAGCAAAUCAAGACAAGUAACUUGGGAAAAACAAAAUUAAUAUGUCAUGUUUGUUUUUCUUCUGAUGCUUUUGUUAUUAAAUGAUAGUGCAUGGAUA